AUGACCUGGAAAUCGAUCGACCACAGUGCUCACUGCCGACUCAAUCUGAAGUCCAUCCAGUACAGACCAGUCUCCUCGAGGUCUCGUUGCACCAACCCGAAAGCCGCACAAUAUUACGUUCAAGAAUUCGAGAUCCGAGAGGUCGUCUACUCCGAUAGAGAGAGGACACGCGAUAUCCAAGCUGCAGUACAAGAGAAGGGUACGGAUCGACCCACGCCUACCGGUUAUUCUUCCUCGAUGAACUCCCCUGUGGCGGAACUUUCGAGAUUGUCGAUCGAUCCUCCUGAGACUAUGGAUGUUCCUCAGAUGCCGGGUGCAAUGCCCAUCAAUGUGGAUGCAGAUGACGAAGAUGAACAGAAGACUGAGCGCAUGAGCUCGCCCGGUCAUACAGCCGGUUACAAGCGAGACCAUGACGAGAUCGACGAGGAUGAUGCCGACUCUGGCCCGGAACCUAAGAGACUCAGAGCGAACAGCAACGCCUCUCAAGCUGGUACUAUCUGCACAUCGCCAAGCAUGAAAGACGAGCAUGACGACGCAGAGCAGGGGAAGGAGAUCGACGACGAGGUGGAAGAAGAGGAAGCCGAGGAGACAGAGGAAGAGGAGGAGGAAAGGAGGGAUAUCAGCAAGCCGACCAAGCAGGACAAAGAUACUACCGCCAAGCUGGAAUCUCACAUCGCAAACCUCGAUGGCCUUGUUGCCCAGGAAAGAUCCCGCGCCAACAAGCUCCAGAAAAGGUACGACUCUCUCAUCAUGGCUGCACACGAACUCGACCUCAGCAACAAGACGAUGAGCAGCCAAUUACGGGAAGCUCAAACCGAAGUCAAUCGCUUGCGAGCGGAAAGGAGUACGCUAGCAUUGCUGAGUCCGCAGUCGGAUAAGACGGAGGAGGAAUGUCUGCGAUUGCUGAAGCGACUCAACCAAAAGAUCAAGGAUCUCUCCAGUCACAUCACCACUAUCUCUCAAGCCGAUGCCGAUCCUCAGACCACCCGAAAAGAGCGAAGAGAAUAUUGGCAAUCGAUCCUGGUAGAUGUUCUUAGGAGGGUCGUUUUCGACAAGUUCCUGGCGGGCCUGGGCAAGACAGUCAAUCGUGUGAUGACGACCUUAUCCAAAGAGAUACCCGAGCAAUAUUUCAGGCUCUGGAAAUCCACAACAAUCAAAGCGAUAGAUCUUUGCGUGCCCCUGACGGAUAGACAGGCUGAGACCCGAGCCGGCGUUUUGAAAGCUAUUGGAGCAAAGAGAUGUAGUGAUAUCCCGGAUGAGGCCUUGGCAAUCCUUGAUGACGUUACCGAUCUUGCUAUGGAGGUGCAAUGGUACUUGUCCAAGGACAGCAAGGACAUCGUGAUUCUUUGCCCUAUGCAGGGGGAAUCGUUUGACGCCCAAGUGAUGCAGGACGCCAGAGCUGGAAAACACACUCGGGAUGAGCUUGAUACGCUCUCGAACGAUCGCGAAGCUGAAACUCGGGUCCGAUCGGUAGAACAAUGCCUCUCCUUCGGUUUCGCUGGCUCGGACGGGAUCGAAGCAAAAUGUCUGGUCAUCCUUGCGGAAUGA